GCUGCUCCCUCCAAUGCGCUGCCGCGGCGCUGCGUUUUGAACGUCGGGGAGCGGCGCCAACCGUCCGGCUGCGCGCGUGGACGCUCCGCUGCUCUCGGCGUCUCCGUGAGGGUGGCGGCCGGCGCCGCUCUGGGGUCAAAGAUGGCUGAGCACCUGAAAAAGCCCUUCAAAGACAGUCUGAGCGACAUAAAGGAACGGAUGAAAGAGAAGAGAAAUCAGAAAUGGGUGUCGUUGGGUAAAAAGAGCCAGAUCUCGACUGUGAAGUGCAAAAGAGCGACCACCACCUCUGUGAAAAUGAAAAGCCUCCAGGCCAACAACAUAGCUCUGGCUCAGGCUUUACAGGAAGAAAAGCUCAAACUGAGGGAUGCUCAAGCUCUUAUCAUACAGCUGAGGAGGGAGUAUCAAGAUCUGAAGUUUCAGAUGUUUCACUUGCAAAGAAGCCUUGCUUUCAGGCAAGCAGAAGGACUUGUUGAGACUAGACUGUCAGCCUUGAGUGAGAUAAUCUCAAAAGUUUCUCAGAAUUUACUGGAGUCAGUUGAUCUCCUUGGCCCAGCGAAGGAUUUGUGUUCCAGGAGUGUAAAUCAGAGAGUGCGUACUUCAGAGCUUGAAAAUAAUUCCAGUGAUGUAGGAGAAAGAAGUUCUGUUAUUUUUUCCAGAGAGCUUCUACUGCCUGCCGAUGGAGAUGAUCCAAUACUUCAAAGUAGGUUGGAAGCUGACUGUGAGAAAAGUGAGCCAGGUCAUUCUGUGUUUGAGAUCUGUCGGGAACUUGACAGUGGCACUUCCUUAGCCAAAAUAAUUCCAGACAAAGGGCAAACAUCUGAUUGUCCUGUGUACAACAUUGCAUCAAUGCUGGGAGGUGUUUUUUCAGGUGGAGAAGAUGAAUUUGGUAAUGAGUUAACAAAGAAUGUGUCUACCAGGCGCCACUGUUCGAAGAUGUCAAAUAGAGAUGAACUUUACACUGGUGUCUUGGACCAUUUGAAAGCAUCUGAUUCAGCAAAAGAGCCUUUUAAACAGGAUGAAAUCAGGCUUGAGGAAAGUCUAGAUGUGUAUACUGUGGAAAACAUACAUUCAGGUAUUUCUCAGGUGGACAAAGUAGGUUCAGAGCUGCUGUUAAGGCAGACGGAUUCUGAAACUGCAAAGGUCAGUUCAGGCAACAGUUCAGAUCUUAAACAGCGUGCAUGUAAAAGCAGAGAAGACUCUCAGGUAAGGAGAGGGAAGGAUCAGAAGGUGAAAAUGGGAGGGACUAAAGGUACUUCCAGACCAAGAUCAAAGAAAAGACAAUGUAAAGAGACUUCCAAAGAAAAGUUGGGUGGUUCCAGUGAUGCCUACGAUUUUAAUUUUGAAGAGAGCAUUCACGUUACACCUUUUCGGCAAAAUAAGGUGAAUGACGCAGAUACUGAUGUGGAUGACAAAGAAGAAUCAUCUGAAUCUAAUAGCAGCAAGUUGAGUGAUACUGAAGAAGAUUCAGAUGAUAGCCUCUAUGUGCCUCAUAGGAAUAAAUCAAAAAAAAGAAAAAGUUCAGUGGAUGGGCCGGAUUCAUCACCAAUCCAUGUAAGGCCAAGGUCUAAAAGAUGUCUGGCACAGCGUGAGCAGAAACUCCAUAAAGAAGAGACUGAAAAGAAGACUGAAAUCAUUAAAUCAAGUGAAAAGUCUAUUAGGCAAUCUUCUAAGUCAUUUCAUGGUCAUCUCUGUGAUGUUACUAAUAUUGCCUCACUCCUAAGCAAAGAGAAUGCACCUGUUGGCCCUGCAGGUGAAAGAUCACCAUCUCCAAAACGCAAUCGAAGAAGCUGUACGCUUAGUGUGAACUACAAGGAACCAAGUAUUGCAGGGAAACUUCGAAGAGGAGACCCAUUUACAGAUGUAUGCUUUCUGAAUUCUCCAAUAUUCAAGCAGAAAAAAAAUGCUAAACACAAUUCCACUAAGAAGAAAUCUCUUUCAGAAUAUAACGAGAAAUUUGUUAGUGGCUGUUGAGGUAUCCUGUGAUGCUAACAGAACUAUGAAGGGGGGAAAUCCUUCAGCCAGAGAACUUACAUUAAGCAACUGUCUCUAGGUGUCUAACUGGAUAUGGAACAAAGUGGGUUUUGGUUUUAAUCAAGUGACUACUUCUUAAGGAUGCGGAAGACAUUUUUACUCAUGACUGAGGUGAUUCCACUUAAACUCUUUUGGGAGACAUCCUACUUUGUGAAUUUGUAAAUAGGUCAGAAAUAUCUGAAAAAGGCAAUGAGCAAAAUUUUCUCACUUAAACACUUCUUCAUCUGACUGUGGUUGGCGCAAGCAAACUUCAAGUGCUUAAGUUCAAAUCUUAUCCAUGUUUGUACAGGUCUUAUUUAUGUAACAGUUAGUUUCAUAUUGAAGCCAAUAAUAAAAGUGUUAGUUUUGGAAACA